AUGGCUAGGCGUACCUUCCUUUGCCGCCUCAUUUUCAGUGCUAUCUUCAGUGUAUCCAUCAUCAAUGUCUUCACACACACAUCCUCGCCAUCCUUCUUUUUGCGUUACGCCAAUCCGGCGGCCGCCUCUCAUCCCUCCAUCUUUUGCCCACAGUCGGAUCUGGCCGAUGAUGUCUUAGUAGUUCUCCGAACAGGCGCGACCGAGUCGCGCGAAAAAGUGCCGGUUCAUUUUCGAACCACGCUGCGGUGUGUCCCAAAUUUUGUCGUGUUUUCUGACCUGGAUGAAGCGAUUGAGGGACAUGCUGUGCAUGACGUGCUGGAUGGGGUCAGCGAGGCUGUGAGGGGGAAGCACGAGGACUUCAAGCUUUAUCAUCAUCUUCAAAAAUAUGGACGGAAGGGAUUGGAAAACCAGAAAGUCAUUACUGCACAAUCCGGAUCUUCGAAAGGGGACUAUCUCAAUAUUGAGAACGAUGGAUGGAAGCUGGAUAAGUGGAAAUUCCUCCCAAUGAUCGACCACGCAUAUCGAAAGAUGCCAAGGGCGAAAUGGUAUGUUUUCAUCGAGGCCGACACGUAUCUUGUCUGGAACAACAUUCUCGAGUACCUUAGCAACUUUGACGCCCGAAAACAUUAUUAUAUCGGCAAGCAUCUCUACAUCAAUGACGUACAAUUCGGCUAUGGCGGUGCAGGCUUCAUUCUAUCGAACCCCGCAAUGCGCAAAGUCUCAGAGCAUCGCUCCGUCCGCAUCCAAGACUACGAGGAAUUCACUGCGACCCAUUGGGUCGGCGAUUGCGCUCUGGGUAAAGUCCUCGAAGACAUCAAAGUGCCUCUGCACCGCGCAUACCCGCACCUCCAAGGUGACUCACCCGCAACCAUGGACCCAUCGACAUCAAAACUUGAUCGCCUCGCAUGGUGCUAUCCCGCAGUGACAUACCACCACGUGUCGCCGUCCGAAAUCGAAGAUCUCUGGACUUUCGAGCAGAAUUGGUUCAUGAGGCACAACGUACUUCUACGACACCGGGAUAUCUUCAUGGAAUACGUGCGUCCGCAGAUUAGAGCCGCACUAUCUCAGUGGGAUAAUAUGUCGGCAGAUGAAGAAUAUAACGGCCACGACCAAGAUAAACACUCGGAUCCCGUUGCACGCGCCGCAUGGAAGUCCUUUAACCAUUGCAGAGACGUCUGCGAGAGCAAGAGGAAAUGCGUGCAAUUUUCCUACCAUGAAGGACGGUGCGCGAUCUCGUCGGCUUUUCGAUUGGGUUAUGCGAAGCCCGACUCAAAAGUCAAAGCGGGAUGGAUGACUGACAGAGUCGAUGAUUUAUUCCUUAAGCUAGAGAGUCAGUGUGGGGUGAGGGAUUGGUUCAGCCCGCAAGAGGGUUCGAUCGUGGUAAAGCGGUGACGAAUUGCAACAGGAGCAAACGGAUGGGACUAGCGUCUGAGG